UGCUCGCCGUAGCGGGUUUCCCAACGCCGAGCGAGAGAAGGCGGAGACUUCGGUGCGUCUCCUUCGGUAGCGGGAGUUGUUGUGUUCUGCUGGAAUAGUUCACUUGGUGAGCGUAUGUGUGCGGUUUUUCUACAUUUUUAAGUAUGACCGAAAGCUCAGCGAACAAGCCGGCAAACGGGGACGCUUGUCACAGGGCUUCGGGCGCUAAGAAACCGGGGAGGAACGGCUACGUGAAGAGCCCGCACCUCAUCCAGCAGAAGCACUGCCACGCCAAGGAGAGGAGCCACCAUGUCAUCACCUGCAACGGAGGUCUGUACAGCAGGCCGUUCGAUGAGUCCUUCGAGGAGACACCCAUGCUGGUGGCCGUCCUCACCUACAUGGGCUACGGCAUCCUUACCCUCUUCGGGUACCUGAGGGACUUUCUGAGGGAGUGGAAGAUUGAGAAGUGCCACAUCGCCCGAGAAAGGGAGGAGCAGAGGGAUUUUGUCCCGCUCUAUCAGGACUUUGAGAACUUCUACACCAGGAACCUGUACAUGCGAAUCAGGGACAGCUGGAACAGACCUAUUUGCAGUGUUCCAGGGGCCAGGAUGGACCUGGUAGAGCGGCUCUCUCAUGACUACAACUGGACCUUUCAGCACAUGGGCAAAGUGAUUAAAGACGUCAUCAACAUGGGCUCGUACAACUACCUGGGAUUUGCUGAGAACUCGGGGGCGUGUCUCGAGGCCGCUGCCGAGGCCACUGCGGAAUACGGUGUUGGCGUCAGCAGCACCCGGCAAGAGUUGGGAAACUUGGACAAACACGAAGAGCUGGAGAAGCUGGUGGCCAGGUUCCUGGGAGUGGAGGCCACCAUGGCCUUUGGAAUGGGCUUUGCGACCAACUCCAUGAACAUUCCGGCUCUCGCCGGCAAGUGCUGCUUGGUGUUAACAGCUAAAUAUAAUCAAUGCCGACUCAGGCUCCGGGGCUGGGAUGGUGCUGGGGGUCUGAGGACUGAAAGCCACAUCUCAGACAUGCAGAGCCUGGAGAAGCUGCUGCGGGACGCUAUCGUUCACGGCCAGCCGAGAACCCACCGGCCAUGGAAGAAGAUCCUCAUCGUGGUGGAGGGCAUCUACAGCAUGGAGGGCUCCAUCGUGCGUCUACCAGAAGUCAUCGCCUUGAAGAAGAAGUACAAGGCCUACCUAUAUCUGGAUGAGGCCCACAGCAUCGGGGCCCUCGGCCCCCACGGGAGAGGUGUGAUCGACUACUUCGGUCUGGAUCCCCGUGAUGUCGACAUCUUGAUGGGAACAUUCACCAAGAGCUUCGGAGCCGCCGGGGGCUACAUCGGCGGGAAGAAGGAGCUGAUAGAUUACCUCCGCACACACUCUCACAGUGCUGUCUACGCCACCUCAAUGUCGCCCCCAGUGGUGGAACAGAUCAUCACUUCUAUGAAGUGCAUCAUGGGAGAAGAUGGGACCACAGUGGGCCAGGAGCGCAUCCAGCGGCUCGCCGACAACACAACGUACUUCCGCAGGAAGCUCCGGGAAAUGGGUUUCAUCAUCUACGGGAAUAACGACUCGCCCGUCGUCCCCGUUAUGCUCUACAUGCCGGCCAAGAUCGGGGCCUUCAGCCGCGAGAUGCUGAAGAGGAACAUCGGCGUGGUCGUGGUGGGCUUCCCGGCCACGCCCAUAAUCGAAUCGCGGGCUCGCUUCUGUGUGUCCGCCGCCCACACGCGCGACAUGCUGGACGUGGCACUGAGCGCAAUCAGCGAAGUCGGGGACCUUCUGCAGCUGAAGUACUCCAGGCACAGGGCCCUGCUGACGGCAGACUGGUCCUCAGACGACACCUCAUACGAUGGGAUUGAAAACUGAGCUCCUCCCCCUUGCAAAGUGGGCACGGGGCGUUUUCCUGCAGUGCCCUGGACGAAUGGGAACGAUGUAGAACCACUCACUGUUUUAUACCCACCCCUAACACACACAUACACACACACGACUUGUAAAGACGAGGCAGGGACAACAGAAGUCUGUUUUAUCCUUCUCAUUUUAUAAUCACGCGGAUCCAUUUCCUUAACUCAUUGUGUCCUUUGGAAAGCACUUGAAGGACCCUGUUAAUGACUAGAAGUUAAAAUUCACCUGUUUAUCACUUUCGCUGUAUUUUGUGCAAAUGUAAUAUCUUGAAACCUCUUUGGCUUAAAUAUACAAAAACUAAAAUAAUGACAUCCAGUUGAAUAUAACCAUUUUUGCAAAUACACAGCAUCAGUACACAGACAAAACAACCCGUUAUAAUAUUUGAAGGAAUGUUUCCCGGAAAACCCUUUUUCCAUGUUUUAUUUUGGGUUUUUCCAUUCAAACUUUUAAAAUCUUUGUUUUAGUCAUGAUCUGCAUCUUAACUUGCCAGUCAAAAUGUUGGUCUAGUAAAACUAUUUUCUGAUGUUAGGGGAUAUCAAACAGAGCGUGACUCCAAGAUGGGCUUACAAGGGCCAUUCCUGACCGAGAUUUGUGCAUAACCAUGCAUGACUAUCAGAGAGGCCUUCAGUAUGUUCUAAAACUAUGGUCAGUGUAAUUAGAUGACUUUUCUGGCCCUAGUAAGGGCUAAGUGCAAUCUCUACGAUCAACACAAGAGUUUUCUCUUUGGUCACACAGUGCUUUCUUUGUCUUAAUGUUCUAGAUUGUUUGUUUGUUUUUUUUUUUUUGCUUUUUUCCCUUUUCACUUGCACUCAGAACGUCAGAUGCAUAUCUGCACCUUUGCCCUUACCAAAAGGCCGUACAUUUUUUUUAUUAUUAUUAUUAUUAUUAUUAGUAGUAGUACUGUCUGCCUCAAUAACUGAAGGAAUGUAUAUCAAUUAGCAUUGAUAUUCCAUCUGCCUUUUUGUGAUUGUAUUUUACCCACAGAUAAUACUUGUGUACAUAAUUAUUUAUUAUUCUUUUAUUCGUUCUUCUAUUUUCUUUUUUUAUCCUUCGGAUGAGAAACGUCUCAAAGAGGCAGCUCCUGAUUCCUUUUUAAAACCGGCUGCAUGUCCAGGCAGUGCAUGACCUCAGUGGACAGUGCAAGUACUACUGACAAGUGUCAUUUCAGCGUUGGCGCUUAAGAAUAAAAUGCAUGUAUGAUGUAGUUACUGACGCCGCUGAGUCACGGUAACACGGUGCUGAAAUACCGAGUCCCGCACAUCGCCCUUUCCGCAAUCCGUCUUAAUAGCUGACACCUGAAUGCAUUCCGUGAUUAGCUUCUUAAUCGCCACUUUCGAAAUACAGGUGUCUGAUUUUCUGGUUUUUGUAAAGCGGACCUAUCGAAGCGUCCAUCGCAUCUUAUUGUAAAUUGUGUCUCGGUAGUUACAAGAGAAGCCAUCAAAAAGUUUAUAAAUCUGUAUAUCAUAUAAUAUAUGGGAUAUAUACGUAUAUAAUAUGCUGCAGUUUUAAAUUCAAACCUCGCAGAGAAUCUAAAAUAAACUGAAAAAGUUAUAUCUGAACAUUAAGAUAUAUCACGUAUGAAUGAUACUAGUCAUUCCAUUCUCCCCUCUUCACGUGCUCUGUGUUUUUUUUUUAUAUCAAAUGGCUGUUCUGGGUUUUGUGUAAAUGAUUUUUAAUUAUUAUUAUUUCGUUUUUACAUAUAUUUACGCUCAGACAAAUACCACGCUGAUGACACAUUCAACACGACCAUGUUCAAACAGAGUGAAUACAGGCGAAGCCCUGCAGUGUGACUCGAGGUGUGGUUAUUGGACUGAAAUAUACCUGUAUUUCUUCUAAUAUUGCAUUGGAAUUGCUACCAGUAAUGCAAACGAAGGACGUACUUUUUGUGAGGAAAAAGUAUGCACUGGUUAAUCCACUGUUUGUAAUGUUUCAAUUCCAAGAAAAUAAAUAAUAAUGACCAAACUCUA